AAAGAAUGGCUGUUAUCGUUGCUGGCUGUGGUCUUAAAAUAUGGUUGCGUUCUAUAAAAAUGGAAUUGGGACCAACCAUUGAUCCGCAGAGAGAGAGAGAGAGAUGGCGGAUUUGUUCCACAGGCAGGCAAAGAAUUACGCAGAGUCUCGGCCGAGUUACCCAGAAGAGCUGUUUGAAUUCAUUGCCUCAAAGACUCCAAAUCACGACCUUGUUUGGGAUGCCGGCACCGGCAGUGGCCAAGCCGCUAAAUCUCUAGCAAAGCUGUACAAGAAUGUGGUAGGCACAGACACGAGCCAGGAGCAACUUGACUACGCACCCAAGCUCCCCAACGUGCGAUACCAAUGCACCCCUUCGAACAUACCCAUGUCCGAGCUCGAAUCCAGUGUGGCACGCUCGGGAACGGUCGAUCUUGUCACCAUAGCCGCAGCCCUCCACUGGUUUGACCUCCCCACCUUCUACCAGCAAGUCAAACAGGUUCUCAAAAAACCCCACGGCGUCAUUGCUGCCUGGUGCUACAGCGUUGCCAACGACAAUAUUCCCUUGGUCAAUGAGAAAUUCGGCGCUGCUUUCCGACAGUUUUAUGCUGACUCCCAGCCUUACUGGGACCUAGCGCGUAAGGUUAUGGACGACAAGUACAGAGGGAUCGAUUUCCCAUUUGAGCCGGUAGGCGAUGGGGCGAACCACACGGGGCCAUUCGAGUUCACGACUGAAAGGGUGAUUGAUUUGGAAGGCUUUCUCACGUUCAUAAGGUCGUGGUCAGCUUAUCAGACGGCAAAGGAGAAAGGAGUUGAGCUUUUGAGAGAUGAUGUGGUUGAGAGUUUCAAGAGAGCUUGGAGUGAAGAUGGUGGUGAUCGAAAGGUCGUGAAGUCCACUAUUUAUCUAAGGAUUGGAAAAGUCGGAAACUUAGAGUGAGAGGAGACUCAUGUGUGCAUUUCUGUAGAUCCCACAGAAAUGUGUAGUAUCACGUAACGGUACUCUCGAAAUGUUGUAUAAUUUCACGUACUAGAAUAACAUGGUUGCAAUAUAUUUUGGCACGACUUUUUCAUAUAUGAAAACAAGUUCUACAUAUCA